AUGAAUAAAUAAUACCUACAAGUUCCUCUAUCUUAAAGUAGACAAUCAAUCACUUAUGAUAAGUAUUAAACUACUUCAGGUAUAGUAGUAAGUACUGAUAAGUAAAUUAAUAAUAUAUAUUUUAGACGAAUAAGUGACAAUAUUUAAAACGGAAGAAAGAGUACUGUUUUUGAAGAUAAGUAAUCUACUAAUUGAAUAUAUAGACGAUAUGAAGAAUUACUUUAAGAUAAUCAUAAAUUGAAAGAGGUGAUUGAAUAAUUGGAUAAGGAUAAUUAGUAAUUAAAAUAGAUGUCAGGGGAGAGCUAUAAUCUUAAAUAGAAAUAUAUGAUUACAUAAGCAGAAUUAGAAGCUGCAUAAUAGGAGUUAGCCAAAUUGAGAUCUCAACUCUUGAUGAGAAAUUCUUAAGAUGCUGAAUAAUCAACUCUCGUGAUUAGAUACAAACAAGAUAUAUCUACAAUGACUCAGUAAUAGAUCAAAUAUUAACAAGGUAAAAUCUUAUUUAAUAAUAAAGAAAUAUCAUAGUUAAAUGCUCUGUUACAAUAAUAGAAGAAGUAAGUUGAAGAAUUAUUGAGAUUAAAAAGUAAAUAUGAAUAGGAAAUCUAAACAUAUAGAAGUAGGACAUAAAAUUUAGAAAUAGAAAUUAAAUAAGUGAAAGAAUAAAGGAACUCUAUAACUUAAAAUGAAAUUAUUAGAUUGACUUAAGAAAUUGCGAGAUAUCAAUCUGAAGUUUAGAUACGAUCAUCAGAUAAAGAAAUAUAUGAAAGAACUAUACAAACAUUAAAUUAAAAAAUGAAAGAGAUGGAUAAUGAUAUUCAAAUAUUAAUUGAAGCACAUAAUUAAAAUUAAAUGAAACUUGAAUCUGCUAUGGCUGAAUCAAAGAGUAAUAUGUAAUAUCAAAUUGAUUAACUAAAGUAAGAAAUGAGUUUCUAUUAAACUUAAUGUCGAUAAUGGUAGGAAAAAUGUUAAAUUGUUGAAAUACAAAAAGAAGAAAGUGAAAGAAGAAUUAUUUAGAUGGAAAUUAGAAUAAAUGAAACUAAAAAAUAAAUUGAAUAAUAAUAAAAUGAUAAAAUAUAAAGAGAUAGUUAUUAAAUUCAUAAUAUUCAAAAUGAAUUAGAGAAUUGGAAAUAAAGAUAUAUUUCAUUAGAAAUCAAGAUGAAAGAUUAUGACAAUUAUAGAAUGAAAAUAAUUGAAUUAGAGGAAUAAAUUAAUUAUUAUAGAAAUGAUAAUGAAUAAAUAAAAGAAGAAGUAGAAAUCUUGAUUGCAGAAAUUAAAUAAUUAUAGGAAUUAAAUAAUGGAUAUCGUUUAAGUAUUACUUAAUUGGAAAAUUAAACAAGAAAUAGUAUUGAAAGUGAUAGAUAUAAAACUUAAAUUAGAACUUUAGAAAACACAAUAAAUUAAUUAAAUUAAUAAAUAAAUGCAUAUAAAAUUGAAACCAAAGAACUUGAAUAAUAAGUAAUAUAUCAUUAGAAUAAGAAUACAAAUGUAGAUUAUUUGGUUAGAGAAAAAGAUGAAUCAAUUUAAAAGUUAUAAUAUAAAUUGAAUAAUAUGGAAAAAGAACUACGAAUUAUAUUUGAGGAAUAAUUAAAAAUAGAAAAAUAAGAUUGGGAUAGAUAAAAAUAAUAAUAAAUAGAUGAUCAAUUAAAAAAAAUAACUAAAAAAUAUGAAUCUGAAAUAUCCACUCUAAAGUAACAUUUUUAGUCAUUAGAAAUAGAGAAUCAAUCAUUAACAAAUCAGUAUGAAAGAUUAAAAAAAGAAGGAGGGAUCAAUUUCUAAAGAUAAUCAGAAAAAGAAAAAAAUAGAAUAAUGGAACUUGAAAGAUAAAUAAUUUAAUUAGAAAAUUAAUUAUUUUUGUAGAAGAAAGAAUUCUCAUUUAAAAUUGAGGAAAUUAAUUAAUAAUCCAAUUUAAAAGAGUAUUAUGAAGUUUAACUUAAGUAGGUUAAUGAAACAUUAUUAGAAUAAUAAAACUAAGUUAAAUAAUUGAAUGAAUAAACUAAUUAAUAUUAAUUUGAAUUAGAUAAUCAUAAAAGAGAAUUAGAAAAAAUGAGAAGAGAUUAUAGAAUGAUUUAAUAAUAAUAUUAAGAAAUGGAAAUUCAAAUAAAAUUGUGGAAAGAUAAGUUCUAUGAUGAAUAAUAGAAGCAUCAAGAAAUUAGAUAAUAGUUAGUAGAAAUUAGAUCUAAAUAUGAAUCACACACAAUUGUUGAUAUGAAAUCAAAUCAUGAUAAAUAAAGAAUUUAAGAGCUAGAAAUGGAAAUAAUUUAACUAUAAAAAGAGAUUAAAAUUAGAGAAGAAAAGUAUCAAGAAUAAAUUAUAACAUACACUAAGUAAAUAUAGAAAUAAGAUGAAUCAAAGAGAAUCAAGUAAUUAGAAUAUGAAAUUGAAUCUUUAAAAAUUAAAUGUAGAGAUUUAGAUAGAUAAUUAUAGGAUAAGACAUUUGAAUUUGAGAAAUUACUUUAAAGAAUGUAGGAAUUUAAACUUGAAACUAUUGAAGUAUCUUCAUCAUCUGAUAAAUAAAAGAUUUAAGAAUUAGAAUAGUAAAUACAACUCUUAAAAUUGUAGUUGUAAUAAUUAAGCAAUUCAAAGUAAGAUGUUAUAAGGGAAACUAUUAGAGAAACAGUACAUAUUAGAAGUUAGGAAGACAUCUAACUGAUUGCUUAAUUAGAGGAAGAACUAUAAUUAUGGAAAACUAAAUAUUAUGAAUUAGAUAGAAGAAAAAAUUAAGUAGUAAUUGAAACUAUUAGAGAGGUUUAAUCUCUUGAAAGUGAUAGAUAAAAGAUAUACUAAUUAGAAUGUUAGCUUUAAUAAUUAACAUAAAAAAAAUAAGAAGUAAUAAGGGAGUAUGUAACAGAGAAAAUUGAGAUUCCAUUAGAGUCUGAUAAAAUAAAAAUAAGAUAAUUAGAAACUUAAUUAAGUAAUAUCCAAAGGGAAUAUUAAGUGUUAAGUUAAAAAAAAUAAGAAACUAUUAAGGAAAUAAUUACAGUUGAAGUUUCCUAGUAAGCUGAUAAAAGCCGCAUUCAAUUAUUAGAGACACAGUUAAAUUAAUUAAAAUCAGAAUUAUAGGUUUUAAGUCUCAAAAAAUAAGAAGUAAUAAAAGAAAUAUUGAUAGAAAAAGUUGAAGUUCCAAUGGAGUCAGAUAAAUAGAAAAUUAAUUAAUUAUAAGAUUAACUUGAAAGAUUAUAAAGAGAUUAUUAAAUUUUAAAUAAAAAAAAAUAAGAAGUAAUAAAAGAAACAAUUACAGUAGAAGUUUCAUCUUAAGCUGAUAAAUUGAAAAUUUAAUAAUAAGAAUCAUAAUUAUAAUAAUUAAGAACUGACUUAUAAAUUUUAAAUUAAAAAAAAUAAGAAGUAAUAAGAGAAGUAAUAACUGAAAGAGUGGAAGUUGCCUUAGAAGCUGACAAAUAGAGAAUUAGACAACUAGAAAGUCAAUUAGAGAGUUUAAAUAAGUCAUAUGAGGCUCUUAGUAAAAAGAAGUAAGAAAUAAUUACAGAGACAAUCACAAUUGAAGUACCUUCUUAGGCUGAUAAGUUCAAAAUUUAAUAACUUGAAACAUAAAUUUAAUAAUUAAGAUAGGAACUUUAGAUUCUUACUUUGAAGAAAUAAGAAGUAAUAAGAGAAGUGGUUACUGAGAGAAUUGAAGUUCCUUCUUAAUCAGAUAAAUUAAGAAUUUAAUAAUUAGAAUAAUAAUUAAAUAAUAUUAAAUUAGAAUUAUAGAUAGUAUCAUAAAAGAAAUAAGAAGUAAUUAAAGAAGUAGUUACUGAAAAAGUGGAAGUUAGUAGAGAGUCUGACAGAAAAAGAAUCUUAGAAUUAGAGCAUGAUUUAUAUAAAUUGUAAUAAGACUACAUUGCUUUAAAUAAAAUAAAAUCUGAAAUAAUAAAGGAAACUGUAACCGUUGAGGUACCAUCGUCUAUUGAUAAGUUUAGGAUCUAAUAAUUGGAGGCUUAAUUAUAAUAAGUUAAGAGUGAAUUAUCAAUGGUAUUAGCUAAAAAGUAAGAAGUUAUUAGAGAGACUAUAACAGAAAAAAUAGAAGUGUCUUCUGAGUAGGAUAAAAUGAGAAUUAGGUAAUUAGAAUAGUAAUUAAAUUAUUUGUAAUAAGAUUAUUUCGCAAUGAAUUAAAAAAAGUAAGAAAAAAUAAAAGAAACAAUUACUGUUGAAAUACCAUCUGAGUCUGAUAAAUAUAAAAUAAGGUAACUUGAAUCUUAAUUGCUAUCAUUUUAAGAAGAAUUAAAUGCAAUGCAAUUAGAAUACUAGAAUUAAAAUUAUGAGAUAGAUAAACUUUAAACUAUUAAUUUUGAAUACUAAGAUCAAAUAAGAGUUUUGUAAUCAAAGUUAGAAGACAACUAAAAGCAAAGAUCAAUUUUAAAUUAAUUUGAGAGAAAAGAGUAAGAGUUUUUGGAAUAGAUUUCAAUUUUAGAAAAUGAAAAAGGAAGAGAAAUAAAGGAACUAAAAAAAUAGAUGGAAUAUAUAUAAAAGGAGAAUUAAUAAAUAAAUGAUAUGAUGAGAAUUAAGGCUGAAGAAAGUGAAUAAUGGAAAAGAAAUUAUUUAACUAUUUAAAAUCAAAUAACCUCAGGAGAAACUGAAUCAUUAAAAAUAUAAUUGAAAUCUUUAGAGUAAAGUAGAGAAAUGAUGAAAUUAGAACUAGAUAAAGUAAACAAAAUGAACUUUUAAAUUUAAAAUGAAUAAGCUUAAUAUAAGUAAAAAUGUAAUGAACUAGAAUUAAGAAUUAUAUAAAUAAGUAGAGAAAAUUAGGAAUAUUAAGAAAGAUUUUAAUAAAUGGAUUUUGAAAAAUUUAGUAGAUUAGAAUAAGAGAAUAGACGAAAAACAGAAACUAUUUAAUAGUUAGAAUCAUAAUUAAGGAAUCAAGUAUCUAUAAAAGAUUUUUAAAUUUAAUUAUCUAAUAAAGAUAAAUAGAUUUACGAAUUAUAAGAAAGUAUUUCAGAAUUACAAACUACAAUUAGAACUCAAAGAAUAGAAAAUUAAACAAUGUUUCAAUAAACCAAUAGACAAUAAGUAACUUUAAGAGAAACAUAAAAGUAAUUUAAUAUAUAUAGAAAAGCAAUCAAAAGAUCGAUGAAUUAGAAACAAAAAUAUAGAGUCUUAAUUUGGAAAUCUAGAGACAGAUGAAGAUGAAGGAUUAGAUUUAGAUUAAGCAUGAUAUAUUAAUUGAAAGAGUAAUUGAUAUUUAGUAUUUAGGCCACUGAGUAUGAAUCAGAAAUUAAUUUAUUAAGGGAGGAAUUAUAGAAUAGAAGAUAUAAUUCUAUUAAUAAUGGACCUAUAGUAUCUAAAACAUUUGAAAUUCAUAAAAUAGGAGAAGUUGUAAAUAAUGGCACAGGAUUAGUUUCAGGAUUUAAUAUAGAAGAUACAUAAAAAAUAAAAUCAAUAGUGAGUACACAAUAAUUUAAAUCUGAAAUAUAAAAUUCUAUCUCAAAUGUAUAAGAAUAAUAGUAUUCUAUUAAAACAAAUUCAUUAGUUUAACCAUUUAAUCCUUUAAGAAGUGAUGUAUAAAUAUUAUGUAUUCAUAGAUAAUUAAAUCAAAGGCUUAAUUAAAUAAAAUUGACGAAAAAUUAUAUAAAUGA